AGAGAGUGAAGAUUUGCGCUUCAGUCUAAAAACUGGAAUGAAACAGCAAAGUAACAAAGAUGCUUGCCACUGGAAGAGCUCAGAGACAAAAAGCAGUGGACGGCCUCACCUCUCCAAGCAACUCAGGCAUGCAGGAGGAAGAUGCAUACUCCUCUCUUCAGUGGGAUAAUCCAACCCCAAACCCUUUCCAGAAACAUCUGUCUUCCACCAAGUAUUCAGGAACAUGGUGUCUUGCGAUGAUGGUUUUAUGUAUUUUCUGCAUUGGCUCACUAGCAACCUCCAUUUUUUUGGGGAUUAAGUUGUUCCAGGUGUCUGCUAUCGUAAUGAAGCAGCAAGAAAAACUUACCCAACAGGACAGAGCACUGCUGACCCUCACGCAGUGGCAGAGAAACCACAGCCUCCAGAUGAAAUAUUGCCAAACCUUCAUUGAAAACUCUUUCUGUUCAGGCUAUAACUGCAGCCCUUGUCCAGACAAUUGGAUACAGAAUGGAGAAAGUUGUUACUAUGUCUUUGAAAAUUGGAAAAUUUGGCACAGCAGUAAAGAGGAUUGUUUGAAAGAAGGCGCUAAUCUCCUACAAAUAGACAGCAAAGAAGAAAUGGACUUUAUCGCCGGCAGCCUGGGUAAGAUCCAAAGUGGCCGUGGUUACUGAGUGGGGCUGUCCCAGGACGGACUCAGUCAGCCGUGGCUUUGGCAAGACGGCUCCGCCCCUUCCCCUGACCUGUCACCUUUACAGACACCCCAGUCGACUAACCAGCUGUGUGGGUAUCUCAAGGACAAGUUCCUCUCUCUCGCUAACUGCAGCGUUUGGAAGUAUUUUAUUUGUGAGAAGUAUGCGUUAAGAUCCUCUGUCUGAAAGAAAUUGUGCUCGAAGGGAUCUCUUACAAAGCAUUUGGAACAGGUCACUGGAAAACCUCUACCCCGAAAGGACACAGCAAGUAUAGAAUUAAACCAGUGCGUGAGCGAUGAAGCCGCCUACCUGGGACUCAAGACGUACUGUUACUUUUAUACAAGGUAACGUUCGUCAAUACCUUCCAGACACUCAUUUGACCUUGUUCAGUUUGCUAAGAAAAAAACUAAUUUAGAGCUACAGAGGACAAAACCCUACAGGUUUUUGAACAAACUGAAGAAAAAUAAUUUCCAUUCUUUUUUCCUCUUCCUUUUCUUUAGUCUACAGUGACGAUGAAAUCCAUACAGAAAUCUAUAAAUCAUUGCCGAGGUGAUGUAGUUCUAGCUGACUGACUUUUCAAUAAAUAAAUGAAUAAAUGUGGCCUUUUAAACGGGCUGUCUUGCCAGGUAAUUCUAUGCAUGUUUUAGGCUUGUAGGCAUUAUAUUAUUGGGCUGGGAAGGUGGGAGGUUGGAGAUACGGGUUUUCAAACUGGAAGGAAGACAGGCUGCCGUCUGUUUCCUGUAAGAUAAUAAAUACCCUUUUCAUGGCUGUAGGAUUCUCAUGGAAGGUGAACCACUAGCACUUCAGGUAAGCGGAAGGAACAGUCAGGCUGGCAGCACCAGGGUGUCUCCGUUAAGGACAGCUGCCCGUCCCACCGCUCACGGCCCGGACUCAAAGUCAACACUGCAGAACCUUUAAAUCCUUUAAAUGCAUCUCUCUGGGCCUCAAUUUCUUCACUGUAAAAUAAUUAACAGACUUAUUUCAAAAUAUUGUUUGAGGAUUAAAUCAUUAAUAUACAUAUCAUCAACCUUAUUUGUGUGUUCCAGGUAAAAAAUGACCCCUUUUCCUGCCCAUGUUGCAGGAAUAUUGCAAAGAGAGAUUUUAUAUGUAAAAUGUCAGCAACUUUCUAGAGACAGUAUCUGUUUUAAAGUGAAUGAAUCUUCUCAAUAAAUGUGUAGACAAUCCAUGUCCUAAGUUUGUAGGCUCUUUGAACAUGAAUUAGCUUGUUCCCAAAAGACAGUUGAUAGGAAAGUAUCUUAUGAUUUAGAGAAAGACAAAUUCCUUCCUAAUUAUUAUUAUUAUUAUUAUAUUACUUUUCUACCACUUAUUAUCCCUUAUUAUCCCCAGAACAGCUUACUACAAAGUAGAUUCUCAUCAAAUACUUGCUGAAGUCCAUAUAAUUUCAUUUAACCUUUCAUUUUUCACCAGGAGUAGCUGAGCUACAUUAGAUUCUCAUCUUUCUGUCUUUAUAACAAAAAGCCCACUUCCAUCAAUGAAGUAAAAUAAACCCUAGGUCACUGAGGCAGUGCCAGUCAUUUAAAUGAACCCAGCAGUCUAUUGUAACAGGUCACCUCUGAAUGAUAAGGUCCUUCACGAAUGGGAAGGGCAUGAUUUUGGGUUUCUUUUCCUUUGUUUACCCUUGGUCUGGAGUUUAAAUGGUUUGAAUUUCAACAAAAAGGAUUUUCUCCAGUUUUCUGCUGAACCUAGAAAAGGAGAAUAGCAAAGAAAACCUAGUGUAAAUUGUCUCCUGUGUUGGGUUUGCACAGCUGGCCGCUAGCAGCUGAAUAUAAUUAACCUGGAAUAAAGGAGAAACAAUAGCACUUAUUAGUAGUAAAGACUUUGUCUUCAAGAUUCUUCAAAGUAUUGUCAUGGAGCUAUGUUUGGAGAAAGGAUAGGAAGCAUUUAAUAACUCUUUUAAGGAAAAGUACAGUGAAGCAGAAGGCAAACAUCCUCCGGCUGAUGUCACCCUGCCAGUGUUUGGUGCAGUAUUUACAAGUCAGAAUCUUAUCUCAGUGCCGCCGGCAUGAGCUCCUACACAUUUCCUCGGGGGCCAUGCUGCUUUCCACACAGGUAUUAUGGGGGAAGAUUUUUUUUUUUCCUGCAGGUUGCUUUUGACCCGUAAUACCUAGGUCUUUCUCAAGGCAGUGGUAAGAGAUCAGGCCCUAGCCCUGAGAUAACCAGUUUAGUAUCAUACUCUCACCUAUAAUGAACUGAGUAUCUUUGGUCCACCUCAAUGAGUUCCAAGUUAGCUUUAAAAAAAGGGAACAUAAAAGUUUGUUCUACAAAUAUAAAGAGGUUUUGUUAUAUGGAAUGGCUGAAGUAUAUUAAGUGUGUAAAAAGAAAAAUAUUGGAAUAGUAAUAUUGAUACACUAAGAAUAUGUAUUAUUAGAUUCCAAGAAUCUAUUCAUACAAUGAAUCUUGUAAAAAAAAAUAAAAGGUAUGUACACUUUAUAUAUUCUUCAAAAGUGACAAGAAUCCCUUUACAAGGUAUUUGACUCCCAAAUAUUAAGGCCAACCCUGACUUAACCUACUAGACUCAUCUACUUAUUCCAUAAUCUGUGUUUAUCCCGAAAGCAAAUGCUCCCAUUACACUGCUCACACUUCCUGCAGUUACAGGGCUCAUGAAAUGUUUCCUGUUGAUAAGUUUUAAGAGCUGGUUCAAUAUCCUCAGGAAAAGAAAUAGCUCACUGUGUACUCCAGGGAACUCAAUCUACCAGGAAAGCAAUGUUCCUUGUUUGACUUUUCCCGCAAUUUCUUCAGAAUUACCUAAACCCACAAGAGCUGAGAGGGAAAAAGUCCUUUACUGAAAAGAUAAUUCAUAGGGUGCUGCUCUCCCCAGUUCUCAACAACAAAAAUCGUUUUCAGCAAGUCAUAUUUUCAAAUGCAUGUUAUGAUUGUUUCCUAUUCUUAAAAUGUAAGUAAAAGUUUGUGGAGAGAUGUUGUGUCACACUCCUUUUCUGUUCUUUUGAAAUAAUUUCCUCACGUUGAGAUCAGUGUUGGUUGUAUACUGAGGUCAGAUGAGGGGAUUGAAGGAAAAGAUGGGCAGGAAUAAGCUCAACAACAGCAAACAUGUCAAAUAAAUGCUAUUUUUCCCUUCCUCACUCUCUAAAGUGAAACUUUCCCUUAGGUUGCACAUGUGGAGAGAGAAUAAUAUUUGACAACCACUGUCCAGGCAGCCAGACUCCUUGAAGCAAUGACAUGUAAGGAGA